CGGUUUCCCAGGCAUGCAAAUACAAAAAGUUUUAAUUGUUGGGUGAAUAGACUCAAAAUAGGCUUUUCUUUUUGCAACGUAGUCAUGCAGCAUGUACUGCUGCUGCAGGUGUGCCUCUUGAUUCUUGGCCUGGCUUGGGCCACGCCGGGUACAAAGUUCCUGAUGAUGUUUCCUCCUCAUUAUGGCCCAACAUUAAAUCUCACCCAUCAAGUGACCGUCACAGCCACUGGAUAUUGGACCUCAGUCACUGUACAGGUUCUGGAAAGCAGCUUCAUGCAACAAAUCUUGCUCUCUGCAAGACAAUCAAAGACUAUUCACCUCCUGCCACCUGUGGGAAUGAUCAGCGAUCACUCCUCCCACCUCCUCAGUGUGACGUCUGCAUGGCCAGUAACAGUCAUUGCCUCAUUCUGUACCCCCUCUGGAUGUGACCACAGUCUUCUUCAUGAUGUGUAUUCCUGGGGGACACACUACUACCCCAUCACUCCUCACUUCCCCAAUGAGAAUGCUGUUAGCCAAAUGGUGAUCACAAGCUCAGACCAUGAGACAUCAGUUGAGAUCUUCCUCUCGGGGGAAGUGCUCUUCAAAAGCAAUGUGCACCCCAGAGGAAGUGUCCUAAAGUUGCAUUUAGGUGCACUGCAGAGUGUUUACAUCCAGAGUAACUCCAGCCUCUCUGGCUCAGAGUUAAACUCCCAGAAAGCUGUAGGUGUUGUGGUUGGUUUUACCUGCUUUAAAGACACAUUGGGGCAUUGCCUGUAUGGCUUUGCUGAACUGAAACCUGUGUCUCACUGGAGUUUUGAUUACAUUGUGCCACCUUUGCUAAACACAGGAAUGAACUACAGUCUCCUGUUGGCAAUGGCAGCUUUCAACUCUCCACUUGAUGUCACCACCAGCACCAGGCAAACCAACCUGUAUCUUGUUGGUGGUGAUAUGACGGUCAUUCCAGUUGAUACAUCAGAUAAAAUCCAGAUUACGAGUGACAGCCCUCUUCAGCUUGUUUACUUCAGACAUUACAUCGAACAGCGUCCUUCAACUCUAACAGUCCUGUCAUCUGUUGAUGAUAUCUGCUGGACUGAUCAUAUGUUUGAUUCUGGUGAUAUCAGUGAGCUGCAAGAUAGCAGUUCCCACACACGACAUUUAAAGUCUGGGUUUAAAGUUUCCCACAAGCCAAACUUUAAUCAGCUUCCUGAAAAUGCAGAGUCCAGUUCUCUUCACACGGACACAGAUGUGGGACACUAUCUGAGUAUCAUGGACAGACAGCUUUACCCAGCCGCGUGUGAGACUGCUGCUGCUCCUUGUGCAGAGGUGCACUGUGGUUCCAAACAGGAGUGCUUAAUGGAAGAUGGAAAACCAGUCUGUUCUUUGCAAACUAAAAUAUGCUCAGCAUGGGAGGACUCUUAUUAUCGCACCUUUAAUGGAAGAGAUUUUGUCCUACAGGGAAACUGUAACUACACUUUAGUUCAGACCACCUGUCCAGGCUUAAAUGCUUCUAUUCCACUUCAGAUUAAUAUAGCUCGAGCAUAUUUGAACAGUGCAACUGAUUCCACCAUCCACUCAGUGCAGAUAAGAAUCCAGGGCUUUAAUAUCUCCAUGGUUAAAGGAGACAAAAAUCAUGUCAGGAUUAACGGACAGAAGAGGAACCUGCCCCUUCUCCUGGGAGAUGGAUCCCUUUACUUUCAUCCAAGUGGUUCCAGUGUUGUGUUAGAAACCACCUUUGGCCUGACUUUAUAUUAUGACUGGAGACACCAUGUCCAGGUUGAAGUUGGCACAGAGCUGUAUGGGAAACUGUGUGGUUUGUGUGGAAAUGCUAAUCACACUGAUGGGGACCAAACUGUGGAUUUAACCCUCCCGUGGGUGGUGAACGGUGACACUGGCUCGUGCAUUGAGGAUUGUGGUGGUGAUGGUGCCUCAUGUCCAGUGUGCACUCAAAGCCGAACCAAAUCUUUUCCUGGCACUAAAGGCAACUCGUUCAUGACAGGGUGCACGCUGCUGCAGUGGAUGGAUGGACCUUUUGCCAGUUGUCACUCUUCUAUUGAUCCUGAGCCAUUUGUUCGUAGUUGUGAGAACAACCUGUGUAUCACUAAUGCUGCCACUUCAGUGUGCAAGAUCUAUACAGACUAUGCCACCACGUGCCAGAGGCUUGGGGCAAGGGUCCAUAACUGGAGGACCAUGGCAGAGUGCUGUGAGUUUUAUCAAGACUUUUUGUGCUCAUACUAUCUCCCCAAAGAGAAAUUCUGGGUAGAUGAACAGUGCCAGGAGGAAUGUGUCUGCCAGCCGAACUCCAAAACCGUGACGUGUGCACAGUCUCAGUGCCGGGACGCCACAAUGUGCGAAGUUCUGAAUGGAGUCCUGGACUGUCACAUGGACAGGCCUGGCUGCGUUCAUGAUGGUGUUUACCAUGAAGUCUAUGAAGACUUCUACCCUGAUGAGUCCUGUCAGAGUCACUGUGUCUGUGUCGGCCACGACAUCGUGCAGUGCACCAACAGAUGUCCAAAGGGAACGGAAUAUGACAAACACAGCCCUGAUGGAAGCCCAGCCAGUGAUGUUUCCAUAUUUGCAUCAUCCUGGAUGCUCUCACCAUCUGGAACAAACUGCUCUCAAGAGUGUGAGCUGUGUUCUGUGUGCAACUCUAGCAUGGCAACCGAAUUUGCCUCUGAUAACUUCUGCGGCGUGCUGCUGGCUUCUGCAGGAUCAUUUAGUGGAUGUCACUCCACUGUGGACCCAAAGCCAUUCUUUAAGAACUGUAUUGGAGAGAGAUUGUGGGCUGAGGGAUGCUCUGAGCACUGUCACUGCUCUGCCACCGCCACCAUGUUCUGUGAGCCUGCCUCAUGCCCUGAGGGAGAAAGCUGCACCCUUAACAAUACUUGGGGCUGUGCAGGGAAAGCUAAAAGUGAUGAUAAAAUAUGUACAAAUGAAGCUACUUGUGGAGGCCAGAGCCAACCUGUGCAAACUCAGUGUUUGGUACUGGGAGGUGCUCACUAUUACACUUUUGAUGGAAAGAUGUUUGAAUUUCAAGGAAACUGUACCUACACUCUGAUGCAAGUUAUGAAUGACACCACUGGCAAGGAUGCAUUUUGGGUCGGCAUACAAAAAGACAGAACCCCGAAUGACGCCUCCUCUAUUAAAGCUAUUCAUGUCAAAGUUGCUAAACACAGUGUUGUAAUCUACAGAGGGGAAAGAGGCCAUGUUUGGAUCAAUGGAGAGAAAAAACUAUUACCCUUGAAUCUACAGUUUGGAUCCAUAAACAUUGCCCAGAGUGGUUUCUUUGUUGUUGUGGAUACAAGUCUGGGCAUUCAAGUUAAGUAUGACUGCUCUCAUUUUGCCACUAUCUUCCUCCCUAAUACCACCGCAGUCAAUGGUUUGUGUGGGAAUAAUAAUGGCAUUGAAGAGGAUGAUCUCAGGAGCCCUCAGGGUAAGGCUGUGGAUGCUACCACCUUUGGCUGGCACUGGAGAGUUCCUGAUCAGGAAGCCUGGUGUACAGCAGACUGUGGAGAUGCUUGUCCACGGUGCUCUGCUGAACAGCUGCAGGAGAAAAAUGUAGCAAGGCAGUGGAUCUCUUUCCAUGAAUACAUUUGGUCCCCACAAAAUCCAUUCUACCUGUGCAGAGACAUUGUUAACUACACCAAGAUCUCCACAGCCGUGAGCAUAUUUGACCUGUGCUCUAGUGAUGACCCUCAAAAGACCCUGUGCCACAUCUUCGAGGCAUAUGCUGCAGCCUGCCAAAAUGCCCAUAUUGAGGUCGGGGAGUGGAGGAAAAGCACCAACUGCUCGAUAUCAUGCCCUCUGAAUAGUCAUUUUGAGUCCUGUGGCACAGCCUGCCCCGCCACCUGUGAAGCCCGUCUAAAUUCAAACCUCUGCACCCUGGCCUGUGUAGAGACCUGCCAGUGUGACUCAGGAUUCGUCCUGGAUGGUGACAUCUGUGUCCCGUUGUCCCAGUGUGGCUGCAAUCACAAUGGCUACCAUUACCACAGAAACCAGACCUUUUGGGCUGAUGAGAGAUGCACUGAAAAAUGUUUCUGUGACCCCCACACCCACCAGACACAGUGCCAUGUGGAUUCUUGUGGCCCUGAUGAAUCCUGCACUCUUGAAAAUGGAGUCAGAAGCUGCAUAUUUCACCCGCAGCAGACAUGCAUUUACAGCGGUCAUCACAUACUGACCUUUGACCAGCAUGACUAUGAUUUGCAUGGCACCUGUCAGUACCAGGUACUUGGCAUGUGUGGAAACAAGCAGGGUCUACAUGCCGUUCAGGUUCAUGUGCAGACAGAUGGACACCUGGAGUCAGCACUUCAUGUUCUGGUCAAUGUGAGCGGUGUACUUGUAGCGCUAAACAGCAAAAACAUGGAGAGCUUAGAGGUUGAUGGUGUCAUAAAGAACAUGCCCUAUCACCUGGGCCCUACUGCACUGGCUUUCUCUCUGGGGAUGCACACUUACAUCUACACAGAUGUGGGCUUUGAAUUCAGCCUCAGCACAGAAGGCGUAGUUAACAUUCAACUGUCCAGUAGAUAUGCUAAUGCUGUGUGUGGCCUGUGUGGUAACUUCAACUCUGAUCCUGCUGAUGAUCUCACAGCAAGUGGUGCAGAAGAGCAUCUCAGUCAUGAGCAUUUUGGAAGAGCUUGGAGGAGUGGGCAGAAUCCCUGGUGUGUGGACGACUGUCUGGGAGGAAGUUGUCCAAAAUGUUCAACUGAGCGUCUGGCCCACUUCUCUGACCCAGAGGCUUGCGGGAAGAUUCUGGAAGUUAAUGGACCAUUUAGACAUUGUCAUGGCAAAGUGAACCCCUCCAUCUUUUACAAGCGCUGUGUCAGUGACCUGUGUCUUCACGGAGGUCUCCAGCCUGCACUGUGUCACUCCUUGGCAGUGUAUACUUCUGUCUGCCUCUCCCACAGAGCUACAGUUUAUGCCUGGAGGAGUCCUGGAUUCUGCAACUCUCCCUGUCUCUCCAGCAGCAGUUACAACAUGAGUUCUGCCUCUGUUCACCUCUGCCUCGGCUUGCAGAAUAACACGGUAGAGAUGCCUCUGAACACGGGGGAGAAUUGCCUCUGUGAAGCAGGUUUAGUUCACAGUGGCAGCCAGUGCGUCUCUGCAGAAAACUGUGGCUGCUUUCACCAGGGAGAAUAUCUCCAGGCAGGACAGGAGGUGUCAACAUGCGAAAAAAUCUGUCGAUGCAAUGCUGGGGGACGCAUGACUUGUCGUAAUACUUUUUGUGGGAAGGAUGAGGAGUGUAAGCUUCUUCGGGGCGUUCAAGGUUGCUACCCCAAACCCAAACUGGCACGCUGCUCUGUUGAUGGGUCCCAAUACACCACGUUUGAUGGACGGGCAUUUGAAUUUCAUGGUUCAUGUAACUACACCCUGGUGCAGACGUGUGCUCUCAAGAAGCUGGAUGUGAAGCCGGUUUUCAUAGCUGCGCUGCAAAACCAUAGCAAGGGAAGGCAAAUCUCCUUGCAAGUCAAUAAAAUGUAUUUUGAGAUAUCAGCAGCUUUUCCUGGAAAUAUUCUGGUAAAUGGAGUCAAUGAGAACCUGCCGUUCUCCCAAAGCAAUUUCACCGUGCACCAAAAAAAUGGAUGGAUAACCAUGAAGAUACCUCAGUCAGUUGAACUGAUUUCAGACCUUAAAAACCACAUUCUGGUCAAGAUCCCAAACAUUUACCACCAGACAACUUGUGGCCUUUGUGGAAACUAUAAUGACAAUCCCUCAGAUGACCUGCAGCUGCCUGAUGGAUCUGUGAUCUUUGAACCUGAGGUGUUUGGGCCCUCUUGGAAGCUACUUGAUAAUAAGACAUCCUGCAGCAACGUAUGUGACGGCACCUGUCAGCGCUGUCGGUCACCUAUGCCAGAGUACACCUCUGACCUGUACUGCGGUCUUCUGACUCAUCCCAAGGGACCCUUCUCUUCUUGUCAACAUUUAGUGGGGCCACAGAAAUUCUACUCGCUCUGCAUGAAAAAUCUCUGCAUUUCACAGGGGCAACACUGGGCCCUGUGUGAUGCACUGUGGGACUAUGAGGCAGCCUGCAAAGAGGCUGGAGCGAUGGUUGACCUCUGGACAAACACAACAAGCUGUGCUCACCAAUGUCCUCAAUUCAGCCACUACAGUCAGUGUGCCAAUGUCUGCUCGUCACUGUGCCCUGAGAUAAGCCAGGCAGUUCAGUGCCCUGGAGACUGUGAGAAAGGUUGCCAGUGUAAUUUUGGACACCUUUAUGAUGGCAAUGCCUGUGUACCAGCAGAGCAGUGUGGAUGCAUACAGGACGGGAGGAGGUUUAAGGCUGCUGAGAGCAAACUGCUACAUAACUGUGCUGUUAACUGCACCUGUGGGCCUCCUCUAGUAUGUGAGCAGUACUCAUGUCCUCCACUGCACAAAUGUGUUGUUUCAAAUGGAGUCAUGGGUUGCCACAAAGAUGAACAAACCUCAGAUCCAUGUGAGGGAAAAUGUGAUGAAAAGGAGAAAUGUUACCUGAACAAUGGUGUUCCUGUUUGUGAGAGCCUUGGGGGUCUGUGUUGGACCUGGGGAGGCCAGAACUACCAUACCUUUGAUCGCCUAGACUACAACUUUCAGGGUACUUGCACAUAUCUGCUUGCAGCCAGCAAAGGGGGAGCGAGUGGGCAGACACCCUUUCGUGUGUCCAAGAAGAAUCUCUGCAACAGCAGUAGUGCUGCACCUUCUACAGAGGUGGUCACUGUACAAGCUUAUGGGUUCAACAUCAAGCUUGGUGGCAAAAAUGGAAGCGUAAAUGUAAAUGGCCAAGUGAAAUAUGUUCCUGUUAACCUGCUGCAGGGUAAGAUCCAAGUCUCUCACAAAGGUACAGCUCAGCUGAAGACUGACUUUGGCUUGCAUGUUGUCUUUGGUGGGAACUCCACUGUUGUGGUUACACUGAGCCCAUGCUACAAGGGCCAAGUCUAUGGUCUGUGUGGCAACUUUAACGGUGAUCAUCAAGAUGACAUGCCUGUAACCAUGCCUGGUUCCCCUCCUUCUAACUCAAAUGCUGAGUUUGCUCAGGCUUACCGGCUCUCCGAUGGAGACGACACCUGUUCCACUGGCUGUAAGCGGGAACCUAGAGUCACCAUCCCUGCAGAUUCUGUUUCUGAAGUUGCUGCUAGUAACAGGAGACUGUGUGAAGUGCUUAAGGAUAAGAGGGGUCCAAAGGCCUACUGUCAUAGUCUGAUUGCCCCUGAUUCCUUCUAUGAAAGCUGCUUAAGCAUCCUCAUGCAAAAUGGAACGUUGCAAGCUGCUCUUGACCAGGCAAUAUCUUCAUAUUCCAUCAUUUGUGAAGCAUCCAGUGAUGGCUACUACAGUGACAUAGUUGAUGUGCACUGUCCACCAAACAGUCAUUAUAAGACCUGUGGCACAGCCUGUCCUCCUUCCUGCGAGUAUAAUACCAUCGCCUGUACAAUGGCCUGUGUUAUGGGCUGCUUCUGUGACCCUGGGUUUAUCACGAGUCCGACUGGCUGCGUGCGUCCACAUCAGUGUGGCUGUACUGAGUCCACAGGCAAAUACCACAGCCUCAACUCAACUUACUGGACCCCAGACAACUGUGGUCAGCUCUGUACAUGUGGACCAGCUACUGGAGAGGUCCACUGCCAACCAGCCCACUGCCCGAGAGGAAUGGUCUGCAAGCAGCUACAUCGCAAGAAAAUGUGUCAGCCUGAGAAACCCAUGAACUGCACAAUGGUUACAGGGAUGCAUUUUACAAGCUUUGAUGGACAUCAUUUUGAUUACAGAGACAGUUGUUCAUACUCUUUGGUUCAAACUAAGUCUAAUGUGACAGAACUUACACCGUUCACCAUCACUAUCUCUGAUGCCAUUUGUCACAAAAGGCUUUUUAAUAGCCUCAACUUAAGUCUCUCUGUCUAUGAUUUGGAGGUUGUGGUGGGAAAGCAUGACCCAGGAAAGAUUUUUGUUGAUGGACUUCAUGAGCCCUUGCCAUACUCCCACCCCACAGGCCAUGUUAAUGCCUACCGCACACCUUCAUCACUUGUCAUUCACACCGAUGUGGGCCUACAGGUGGUCGUCUACAACUCCGGCACUCUUAUGGUUAUUCUUUCCAGGAGCUAUGCCUCAUCCGUCUCUGGUCUUUGUGCAAAUGCAAACUCUGACCCUAAAGAUGACCUGAUGAUGCCUGAUGAAGAGCAAGCCCAAAAUAUACUGGAGUUUGUCCACAGCUGGAGGUCUCGGGGAGCCGAGGCCUGCAGGGACGACUGUUUCUCCAGACUGAAGCAUUGUCCUGCUGAGACGCUGAAGCUGUUUGAAGGCAGCGAUUUCUGUGGGGUGUUGUUGAAUGAGCUUGGGCCCUUUGCAGACUGUUCCUCAGUUUUAAAUCCCAAGCAUUACUUUCACAGUUGUGUAGUAGAUGUCUGCUCUUAUAGCGCACACUACUCUGCACUCUGCAGCUCCAUUGCAUCUUAUGCAGCUGCCUGCCAAGCAGCUCGGCUACCAGUGAGGCAUUGGAGAAGUGACACUUUCUGUCGUAUGUCAUGCCCCAAAAACAGCCACUAUGAGCUGUGUGGACCUCGAUGCCCUGAUGGGUGCCAUGGACUGUCCUCUCCAGCAAACUGUAGCGGAGGUUGUGAGGAAGGAUGCCAGUGUGACCACGGCUACGUCUUGAGUGAUGGUCAGUGUGUGCUGGUUUCUGACUGCGAAUGCAUGCAUGAGGGACACCAUCACCCCGCUGGUUCCUUCGUGGAAAACUGCCAAAAGUGUAACUGUGAAAGAGGACUGCUCACCUGCGUUGCCAUCGAGGACUGUUUUGUAGAGAAGGGCCCUGCCUUGCAGUAUGGUGUGUGCCAAGUGUUUGCUGGUUUUGGCUACAUUACAUUCGAUGGUGUUAUUCUGCCUCACCAUGGAGCUUGCACAUAUCUAUUGUCAGCUGUCUCCUCUAAGGCUACUCCAGACUACACUCUUCUAAUAAGCUUCAAAAAUGAAAGCAGUGGAAACUUCACAAUCAGCAAACUAGUAUUUGAUAUGCUUUCUCUUGAGGUGUCUAUUGACCCUGAAACUCUAUGGAAAAUACAGGUUAAUAAAGAAGAGCGCAGCGUCCCUUUUGACAAUGGUGAACUUCAAACAUACCAAGAUGGCAACAGACUGAUUAUCAAAACGCGAUCCGGGUUGGAAAUGUCCUUGUCCUCUACGCAAUACCUCAGGUUAACUGUACCCCAGGUAUAUGAUGGCACAGCUUCAGGCCUCUGUGGGAACUUCAAUGGGGACGAGUAUGAUGACAUGGAACUGAGAAAUGGUCGUCUCACCAGCAGCUUUGCGGCGCUCUUGCACAGUUGGGCAGAGUUGGCUCCUGAAGGACACUGCACCGACACCUGUGGGAGAGAGUGUAAUGAGUGCAGCCCGUCCCCACAUGACAGCAAUGUCUGCGAUGUCCUGUUGAUCAUUGGUGUUGAAUUCAGCCAAUGCUUGAACAGCAGUGUUGACUGGGAGAUUUACACGCAAAUGUGCAUAAGGGCAGUUUGUGCUGGGGCAGGAGACAGGGCCUUAUGUCUCACACUGGAAGCACUUUUUUCAGCCUGUCAAGCUGAAGGAAUACCAGUAGGACCAUGGAGAGAGAAUACUCCAUGUACUCUUGACUGUCCUGACCGCAGUAGCCCAAGUGUCUGUGUUGAGGCCAGUUCCAGUUCAUGCCCUGCUUUGCUCCAGCCUGGUUUUCCAGCAACCAGCUGUUCAGAAGGCUGCCAGUGCCAUCACCAUAAUGUGUUUGAUGGGGGAAAGUGUGUGCCUUACAGUCAGUGUGGGUGUCUUCUUGGUGAUAGAUAUAUAGAGGCUGAUGAGCUCCUCUACACAGAGGACUGCACCCAGAUAUGUAGGUGUCACCCUCUCAGUGGGGUGCUUUGUAAGGAUGCAGGCUGUGAUUCAGAGCAGCAAUGUACUCUGAGGAAUGGCUCUUGGAGCUGUCGGGAUAGACCUGAAGUUUGUGAGCUCAGGAACAGCCUCCAGGUGUCCACCCUCAGUAGUCAGCAGCUAAUCCUGGAGCCCAGCGUAGCUUACAGUCUGAUGUCUCUGUGCAAUGAAGCCAGUGCGCAGUGGUUCAGUGUGAUGUCCUACUAUGGACCUUGUAAUGGCAGCUCCAGAUCAGUCAGUGUGUUUCAAAUCCUCCUGCACGGAUCAUCAAUCACCAUUCAGGAUGGUACAGUAAAGGUGAAUGGACAGUUGGUGUCCCUCCCUCACAUUUUGCCAUUCGGGUUCUCUCUGAAAUCAGGAAUGAGCCAGGACAAGUCAGAGGUCACUGUGAUUCUGAGCAGAGAUGCUAGGAUGGAGAAAGAGCUGGACGUUGAGAUUGGUGUUACCAUGGUGACAAUAAAGGCUCCUCUUUGGUGCUCAGAAAAAUUGUGUGGUCUAUGUGGAAACUUGAACGACCUCCACGCUCUCAGUUCGGUCAGGUCAUGGGCCCUCUCUGACUUUCCAGGCUGUGGCUUCACCGGUUGAUUGCUGUCUGUUUUGAUUUUUCUGUUGAUAUGUAUUGUUUUAAAUACAAAACAAUUUAAACAACUCUGUAGUGGCUUCAUUGAAACUCUGGCUAUCUUGACUUUAUUGUACAUUUAUACAUUACACUGGAUGCUCUUAUCAGUGAGCCCAUAUACCUUUUGUAAUCAGGUCCUCUCCUGCCACUGUUGUUUAGGUUUAAACUAAUAAAAUAAUGAGGGCAAAUGUUAUCUUAAUCCACCAUGUGUACAGGAACUAACAGGAGUAGUAUUGCUAUGCCCAGAGGGUUCUGACCAGAUGAAUCUCAAUUAAACAUUUGAGGGUUAUUAAAGCCUUGUUUAAUUAAAAUCUAAUGUAAACUUUUUAGGGCUGGAUCAUAUUGACUUAAUACAAUUUUUGAUGCAACCUCUGCUAGAUUCUUGGGUGUCAUCCAAAACCAGCCGUUUCUUUUACAGCCCUAAUACAGCAAUUGAAAAGAUUAGGUUGUAAGGGAUCGUUUGGUUUCAUGCCAUGUUCCAAACAUUUUGCAAGAACGGAUGUUGGACAUAUCAUUUGUUUACAAGCAUAAGCUGGCAUAAAGGACAAAAGAUAAACCUGGGUGUAUCAUGUUUGUUUAGCAGGGCUUAUAUAUGCUUGACAUUUGUUUUUGAUAACUAAAAAUGUAGAUGACAAACACAAAAAAGAAGAGUAUUUUGCCAGCAAAGACCAAAAAAAUAGGGAAAUAAAUUGAUAUACUUUCAAAUGUUUCAAUGCCAGUAAUUUUUUUUUUUAACACUUUUUAAUGACAGUCAUCAGAGGUGAAUCAUUUCUACUGUACAUAUCUGAAAAAAUGAACUGCCCUUGCUAGAAAAAAGGCAUAGUCUAUGAAGAUGAUACAGAGUAUUCUGCAUCUUAAGACAUCCCCAUCUCUACCACUAUCAUUAAAUUAAUCUGAAGUGUCUGUCUCUUUAAUAUCUUAGAAGAUAUGUUGAGACUUCGCUCACCACAUUUCUGUUUUUCCUGAGAGGUAUUCCAUAAAGUGUUAAGCCUUCAAUGAGUCUCGCUCAUUUCAGUGAGAAUCACAGUGACUUAUGAGUCUCAGCUCAGUUACCAUGGUAACUUAGUCAUCAGAGCUAGCCUGCUCCGGGGCAGGAUAAAUGUCCAGCCUAGUCUAGCUGUGUAUCAAAGAAUGACUAAAAAA